UCGAUCUGUUAGCUCUUCUCUGCCCUAGGGCUGUCCUGACAUCCUCUCUCUCUCUCUCUAUCUCUGUGUGUUUUUGACGCUAACCACCAUGGGCCUCUCAAAAACAUUCUCAGCUUCCGAUGUCUCUGUCCACUCAACCUAUGCCUCUCGCUAUAUCCGAGACUCACCUGCUAAGUAUAAGAUGCCGGAGAAUUCAACGCCAAAGGACGUGGCGUUCCAGAUGAUCAAUGACGAGCUGAUGCUUGAUGGGAAGCCAAGGCUCAACUUGGCUUCGUUUGUGACAACAUGGAUGGAGCCAGAGUGCGAGAAGCUUAUCAUGGAUUCCCUGAACAAGAACUAUGUUGACAUGGAUGAGUACCCUGUUACCACUGAGCUUCAGAAUCGGUGCGUGAACAUGAUAGCAGAUCUAUUCCAUGCACCGCAUGAAGAAGGUGAGGCUGCGACUGGAACAGGAACAGUAGGAUCAUCGGAGGCCAUAAUGCUGGCAGGCCUUGCAUUCAAGAGAAAGUGGCAAAACAAGAUGAAGGCUCAAGGCAAGCCUUACGAUAAGCCUAACAUUGUCACUGGUGCCAAUGUCCAGGUAUGCUGGGAGAAGUUUGCAAGGUAUUUUGAAGUAGAACUGAAGGAAGUGAAAGUGAGGGAAGACUAUUAUGUAAUGGACCCUGUCAAGGCUGUGGAGAUGGUGGAUGAAAACACCAUCUGCGUUGCUGCUAUUUUGGGAUCAACUUACAAUGGAGAAUUCGAAGAUGUGAAGCUCUUGAAUGAUCUCUUGCUGGAAAAGAACAAGCAAACUGGAUGGGAUACCCCAAUUCAUGUCGACGCUGCCAGUGGUGGGUUCAUUGCACCAUUCUUGUAUCCUGAUCUUGAAUGGGACUUCCGUCUUCCACUGGUGAAGAGCAUCAAUGUCAGCGGCCACAAGUAUGGCCUUGUUUAUGCUGGAAUCGGGUGGAUUGUUUGGAGGGCCAAAGAGGACUUGCCUGAAGACCUUAUCUUCCACAUCAAUUACCUUGGAGCUGACCAGCCCACCUUCACCCUCAAUUUCUCUAAAAGUUCUAGCCAGAUUAUUGCUCAAUAUUAUCAGCUUAUCCGAUUGGGUUUUGAGGGAUACCGUAAUAUCAUGGAGAAUUGUCAGAACAAUGCAAUGGUGCUAAAAGCCGGGCUGAUAAAAACAGAACGCUUUAAGAUUUUGUCAAAGGACAUCGGGGUUCCAGUGGUGGCGUUUUCUCUCAAGAAUAGAAGCCGUUACAAUGAGUUUAAGGUGUCUGAAAAUUUGCGUCGGUCCGGGUGGAUUGUGCCUGCAUAUUCCAUGCCGGCGGACGCUAAGCAUGUGGCCUUGCUCCGUGUUGUCAUAAGGGAAGACUUCUCUUGCACUCUUGCUGAGCGACUUGUCUCUGAUAUUACUCACGUCCUGCAAGAGCUCGAUAUGCUGCAUCCAGCUGCUCCUCCUGCCAUUGAAAAUGGUCAUCUCAAAGUGGCUGCAAAUGGCCUCCUCAAAGUGCCUGCAAAUGGUGUUGCAAACGGUGAUCACAAAGUGGCUGCAAAUGGUGUUGCAAAUGGGAAGGCAUAGGAAGUUUAUUACUAGCAACUUCUUUUUGUUGUCGGAGAUCGAGUCUAUUUGAACUUCAUAACGUCGAUCAUAUAGGAGUUUUUUUUUGUUCUCCUUUUGUUUGAGGUGUUUUUCUCUUUUUAGGCGUUUGAUUAUUAUACUUUGAGGAGUCCUAAUUAUGAGUCGUGUUAAUUUCUCGGGCUAAUUUACUAAUUCUAUUGCCCCUUAUAUAUUGACAGAAUUUUUGAGAUUGACA